AUGAAGCUGAUCACAAUGGCUCGACCGUUAUCCUGCAGCCUCCUGCUUCUCUGUAUAGCAGGCGUCUGCAGUCAGAUCGUGCCCACUGGCAACCAAAGCUCUGGAGGACAGACAGGGUCAUCACAGGAGAGGACAGGGACUUGUGAAGUGGUUGCAGCUCAUCGUUGCUGCAAUAAGAACAAGAUUGAAGAACGCUCUCAAACAGUGAAGUGUUCCUGCUUUCCAGGACAGGUGGCGGGGACAACGAGGGCUCUGCCCUCUUGUGUUGAAGCCUCCAUUGUACGCCAGAAGUGGUGGUGUAAAAUGGAGCCGUGUCUUGAGGGGGAGGAGUGCCGAGUUCUCCCUGACCUCACCGGCUGGUCCUGCAUCUCUGGGAACAAAGUGAAGACCACUAAGGUGGCACGGUAGCAAGACAGAAGUUCCAUCUAAUCAGCAGCGGCCUGUUGAAGCCAGCAGCA